UACCUUGAUACCCCAUGCAAGCCAUGGUAAUGUAUGCUUUAAUCAAGAUCAAACGUCCCGGAUUCUUAUAAACCAUCCUAACCUCAUUACGCACCUGGUUGAAUCUUUGCGUUGCUUCUACUUCUUUAGCCCUAGGCUCCUUUUCCAAAAUGAAAAUUUCCGGUCGCACUUUUGUCAUUUCAGGAGGCGCGUCGGGGCUCGGCCGAGCUUGCGCCGUAGACCUUGUCGCCCAUGGCGCAAACGUCGCCGUGCUCGACAUCAACCCGGAGCUCGGCGACAGCCUGGUUAAAGAGCUCGGUGCCGACAAGACCCGCUUCUUCACAGUGGACGUCACCGACUCCGGAUCGAUAGCAAAGGCCGUCGAAGGCUCCGCGUCAUGGGCUAAGGAGACGGGCAAGCCUUUUGGUGGCGUCAUCCCCGCCGCCGGUGUUGGCUUCCCUGGCCUGAUUCUGGACUCCAAGAAGAACCCACUUUCAUUAGACUCGUUUGAUCUUGUUGUAGCCAUCAACCUCCGGGGCACCAUCGACCUAGUCAGGCAAUGCCUGCCCCAUAUCGCAGCCGCGGCCCCCGAUGGUCCUGAUGGUGAGCAUGGAGUCGUCAUCAUGAUUUCCUCAUCGGCUGCCUUCGACGGUCAGAUGGGCCAGACGGCCUACGCAGCCUCCAAGGGAGCACUAGCGUCGGCCGCCCUGCCCAUGGCUCGCGACUUAUCUAGGCACGGUAUCAGGGUUGCUGUCAUCGCCCCGGGCAUGUUUGAGACGGCCAUGACGGCUGCAAUGUCGGAUAAGGUCCGCAAUGGGUUGGAGAAGACCCUCGAGUUCCCCAAACGGGGCGGCAAACCGGACGAGUUUGCAGGCCUAGUCAGGCAUAUUAUUGAGAACUCAAUGCUUAAUGGCGUGGUGGUAAGGCUAGACGGCGCAGCCCGCAUGCCCAGCAAACUGUGAGUGUUCGCAUAAUGUGGGAAUGAAUGUAAGCGUAUGUUGUUACAUAAAGAUCGCAAGUUCUUUUGGCUUUGAAAAAGAGCUGUUUAUUAUCGCAAACAACCGAAUCACCAAAAAUUUCAAGAAAACGAGAAAAGAGCUUCGCGCAACUCAACACGGGAUGUUUUAGAGACAAGAACAUGUUGGAAAGUCAACUUCAGCCGAAUCAGUACUGC